CAAUUAGAGAAACGAGCGUCACGCGAUGUUCGCGAAUUAAUUGUUUAUGGUGUAAUUAAAGACUCCGAAAAAAAAAGUAGAAACUAAACCUGAGACACAAAAACCUGAAGAUUCGGACGGCAAUAAAACGCAACCUUAUCAUGCGAUAAUAUUGAAAUGCAGUUUCUUGGCGACGGGCCGGUAAAAUAAAUCAAUACGCCGUUUCCCUUCCCUUUUGGUUUUUACUCACUCCUUUGAGAGAAACGCGAUAAAGACGUCUGUCUUUCUCGACGAACGAGUCUUAUAUAUAUACACAGACCUUCCAUUCACGCGGGUCGCAUUCACAACACUCGUUUGUUUCCACUUUCCAUCGUUUGAUGCGCUUGAGAAUAAAAUUACAGCGUGCAAAAAUAUUGCGCAGAAUUCGACAUAGAAUUUUUAUUUUUAUUUUUUUAAGUAAACUCGCGGCAAAAAUAACACGAGCGCGCGAUAUGAUCCGAGUGCAAUUUAACCUUUUUUUGUCAAAAAAAAACAAAAAAAAACGCACGAUUCGAGACGAGGUCUCGAUUUCAAUAAUUUCGGCGCNUUAACGAUACCGCUGUAGGUCAAUCUUGGCGUAAUGAGGUCUGAAGUAAAAGGACCCUCGAAAGCGCCAGCAACUUAGUUCAGAAACGGGACGGGAGAAGUAGAGUCAUUUCCUUAAGGCAACGCGUGUGCGGUUCCAGGCACCGCGUUGUGGGAACCGNUCCACCUGGUCCGACAUAGCGAUGGUCGCUUGUUAACCACCGCCUCCUCCAGUGUCGUUGCUCGCCAACACAAGCGAGAUGUCUAAAAACUGCAAUAUUAUUUAAAGUCCAAUAUAAUAAUUUUAUACGAAAACAUUUUUUUAAUGAAAGNUUUUGUUUUUUCUCGCGCUAGUUGGAGGUGAUGGUUCCGAGCUCCUCUCCUCUCGGUUANUUUUCAAUCGGUAAAUUACCAAAAAGCCAACUUGACAGUUCGCUUNGAGUUCGCUCUAAUUGAGAAAGUUGUUGGACGAAAAAAUGUCGGGCAAAUGUGUAUAAUCUCGCAAACACGUUAUAUAUAUCGCGAAGUUGCCCAACUCGCUCGCUCGGUCGGUCGCUCUCGCGCGCGCGGAAGCCUAAUCAGUUUUUGAAACACUCGUCACGAAAUCCAGAUGCACAAUUCGUACGAGUGUGUUGCGUAACGAAGCCGAGGAGAGGCUUUCCUCCUCGGCGCGAUAGCCAGUUUCUCCGCUCGGAAACAAAAACACGCGGAUCGAAGCGGUAGCGUCACGAUAUGUUCGCGCCGCCGUUGUAUCUAAUCUCCCCGCUGGAAGACAUGCAAUAAAUACCGUAAUCAGAAAAGGGGAUGUUAUAUUCGGUGCGCCGAUGCAUCGGCCUAUUAACGUCGUUAGUGCUAUUCGGAGUCUUCGAUCGAAUCGAAACGGUCUUUCCACGCGAAAGCAAAAAAAAAAAAAAAAAGAGAUCGCGCGGAGUGCGAGGAACGGGUUUUUUCGUUCACGCGCGUUAAUUGCCAAUUAAUUAAAAUCACCGUCUGUCUCAUCAGUCUCAGCUAAAUGAGAAAAAUCGAGAACUGAGGAACAAUCAUGCGAUCCCGAUCGCCGGUGUUUCUGCUGCUGUUCUGCGCUGUUGUCGCACUCGCGGCGGAGAUCAAGGAUUGCCGACCGGGUGUCAACGACGAAUUGAUCUGGGAAUAUGACGUCAGAAGACCGCACCGGACCGGUGGCUAUCAAGAAGUAGAAGCGGAUUACGGCCCGACGGACGUGAGGAUCACGUGCAUAAGGUUCCACUCGUUGUCCGAGGACGACAAUGGCGCGAUGUGGAUCACUUCCGGCGGAAUCGGACGGAAUUUCGUCAAGCUCAAGUUCAGAUCGAAGUAUUCGCGCGGGCUUCGCUACAGAGUCUUCGUUUACGGGCGGCCCACCUUUAGAAGAGUCUCGCUGAGAUCGCCUUGAUCUCGUUCCAAUCUUCACACAUACCUCCUCGCACACUCAAUGCGUUAUUUAGUACUUAAUGCGUCCGUGGAAGUUUUUUUCUGUAGAGCGAAUUUAAAUACAAAGUGGUUGUCAUUUAAAAAACAAAAAAGUGUCUCAUAUACUCAUGUUUUUUUUACUUUAAAGUAAAAUACCUUGAUCGCUACUUUGAACCGAGUUAAAAUAUAUGUAAUUCGCGUUUUUCAUAGGUCUCUUCCCCCGUCGCAGCGUGUCGCACGUAUUCUAAAUCGACGUUGUCCCAUCCGUGCAAUAAAACCGUGAAUUUAUUACCGCCGUAAUUUGGGACAUUCACCCUCGCGUGUCGCGACAAUAGACACAGUCACAGAAAACAUUUUCCUUCCGCGCGUGACAGGAGGAAACACAGAGAUUUAUCCAGUGAUGAAUUUCGGCUUUUUCUCUUCACAAAAGCAAUGAAAUAAAUCGACGACAAAUAUGUGACAUUUUACAUGUGUAAUAUUAAGCGAAUAUUAAGAGAAGAAUUUAAUUCGUUAUCUUGGAUUCGCACAAGCGCGAAUCAAAUCUCCGACGUUAUUAUCUCACAAAUGCUGUCUAUUUUUAUAUCUGGAACUUGUUUUAGAGAAGAUAAUAAUUUUGCGUAACUUUGCUUUUUUUUUUCUUUUUCAAUUCGAACGAAUUUAACAGAGAAAGCAACGAGCAAUCAGACUUUUUAAUCGGAAAUCGAGAAGAGAGUGUUAUCUCUCGUUUCAGGAAUAUGUGCCGUGUAACCCCAUACACACACACACACACACACACAGAUUUGUGGGCCAAAUUCCGAAGCUGACGUGACUGCUACGAUAAGCCCCGCGUCGAAGUUCACGUGGAAAGGCGCGGGGAAACAACCCCUUCCGGAUUGGAAAAGCAUAAUACGAGCGACAGGAGGUCGUACCAUCCGCGGAUUGCCUCCAUCGACAAGUAACGAAAGAAAUAUAUUUUUCCUGCGUGCAGAAAAUAAUUACGGUGACCGAACAUGCGAAACGAUAUCGGUCCGUUCUCCUCUUCUCGUAACGGGCAAUCAAAAGGGAAUGAAAGUUUAAUUCGGUUUCGCGUCAAGUCCGGAAGGAUUUUUUUUUUCUUUCUUUUAAAUUUCUUUCUCGUCGUGUUUUUAUCGAGAUGCUCGCGAGAAUCUGGGAUUACGGAGCGUGUUUCAGCGAAAUUACAGAAAUUCUCUUGUUUCACAAACAUUGUUCGCGCUCGCAAGAAAGUGAUUCAUAAUUUUAACUUGCGCACAAAUGUGCAAUUACGCAAAUAUAAUUACAAUAUGUACGUACAUAUUAUUUGCACGUCUGUUUGGCAUAUCGGCUCGUAUCGACCUUGACACUCAGUUGAACAAGCUUUGUAAAUUGUCACAUGUAAUUAAUUACUACGUAUGUAAAUAAAUUUACAAUUGUAUGUGUAAAUUGGUUUUAACAAAAUAAAACACAUGUGAAAAGAA